CGUGUACCCCACUGACUCUUUUUAUCAGUGGCUUCAAUAGCUGCACACCUUUCUGAGAAAACUGCUCCGUCAUGUGUCUUCUUGCAGAAGUCUUAGGUUCUUGAUCCGAAACUCCCCUCCAGAUCGUCCAGUUUGCAGUGUGUAGCCGAGCCACUUCUCCCCCAUGUUGCUCCACGUCCAGGUUUUCCCUCAUCCGUGAGGCCGAUCGAAGAAUGGACUUUCUGCGUUCAACUCUUAUCGCCUUAAGGGGAGGCAAUUCGAGUUCUGGCACAAACCGCCGGGGUGCCGCCCCUCGGUAGCGGUGUGUUCGUGAGCACAAUGCCGCAAGGAAGCCACGGCUUGAUACCGCGUGAGACACAACUCCCACGUGAAAAAGGCAGUUUUAAAUUUCCAUCUCUGUCUUUUGCGAUGGCUCGCCAGCCAGUUACGCAACGAGUUCGUGUUUGAAGUCGCUGCCACAAGCGGUCAUCUCCACCGAAGCGCUUCGAGAACUCGUAGCGAAAACCCAAACCUAGAGCGUUGUUUUUGGCAGCCGCCUUUUUGUCCCUUUAAGAAAGCCCCCCGCAACAGUACCAGAGCCUCGAGUGCUUCUUCUCUGCCCUACUCUCCGUCUUUGUUUUCUGUCGCCAUGAUUUCCUUCCCGUCGCACAGCCCUCGCUCCCAGUUCGCUCUCGGGCCGGUUUCCUCUCAUGCCACGACCUCGUCUGAAGUGGGGGCGAGGGCGCCACGCGCUCCUGCCCCCGGCACUCCGACGUCGUGUGUCUCUACCUCCCAGCCUUCUUUCUCUGGAAGUUCGGCGGCCGCCGUCGCGGCCGCAUCGGCGGUGACAACUCCGAUAAUUGCGUUUUCUCGGCGCUGUUUCUUGGACUCUCUGAGCACGCUGGUGGGGCGGAAGUUUCUUUUGCUGGACGAGAAACUCGCAGGGCCUUUGUCGCUGUUGGUAGACGCUCCGACGCUCCAGCAGCAUGGGGUCGAUCGCUGCUACCCGGUUUGCACGUUUCCAGUCCCGGCAAAUUCCUUGUCUGCGGGCGCUGCAGCCGCGCCGUUCGUUCUCUUUGUGUGUCGGCCUCGCCUCGCGCUUCUGCCGCUCCUCGUGCAGCACAUUCACUUCAUCGAGAAGACGUACCAGCCGACACAGCCGCCUUCGCUGUCUUCGUCCGCGGCCUCGUCCUUCUCGGCCUUCCCAGCCCCGUCUUGCUUCUCACCGUCGGGGCGCCACUACGUGGUGCUUUUCGUGCCCUCCGCUUCAGACUUCCUUGCGAACGAGUUGCGGCGGCUGCUCUCGAACCCCCCACCGCUACCGCCCGCCCUCUCCGGCGCGUCAGCGUCUUCGUCGCUCAUGUCCAAUCUGGGCAGUCUGCCGGCGGCGCUCACCAACUCGCUGCUCUUCAGCGCACCUGGAGCGGCACCCGGGGCUCCGGCUUCGACGCUCCAGCUGAACCUCGAGAGCACGACUGUGGCGGGUUGCCCGAUCUACUUCUUCCCACUCGCCCCGGACGUUUUGUCUCUGGAGCUCCCGAACUCGUUUCGCGACAUCCAUGUCUUCGGCGACCCGUCCCCUUGUCUGCAUGCGGCCGCGGCCGUCCAGCUCCUCCAGCAAGAGCUGAAGAACGCGGUCAUUCCUCACCUGCGCUGUCUAGGCAGCGCCGCCAAAACCGUUGCGGACCACCUCAUUCAACAGCGCAAGGAGAAGCAGGCCGCUGCCCAGCAGCAGGCCAUCUGGGGCGAGGCCGCCGCCACAACAGGGAGCGACUUGUGGGGUGGCGCUGGAGGCAGGAAUCCGGGCCGGGGGGCUUUUGACCCGGCGGGCGGGCUCCUCGAAGACGGCAACGGCGAGGUGCUUGAACAGCUCGUGCCCGUCGCCCCCCCCGUCCGCUUCGUCUUGAGCAAGGAAGACCUCGGAGGUCCGCCAGAUCCCGUCGACGGCGCCGACGCCCAGAUGCGGCCCCACCAGGUGAGCGACGAGACCCCCGCAAAUGCACGCGCGGGGAAGGACAGGGCGAGCGGGCCUCGGACAAUGCCUUGGAACAAGGCGGAGACGAACACUUCAGAUAAAAAGGGGGUUGACGCAGAUGCAGCGAACCGGGGACAGGGCGCUGGGCCGGAACCUCUCGCAGAACCCGCUGGUUGUUGCGCAGCUCCGCCCAGCCAGGGUGACGCGGCGCAUUCCGAGACAGUCUCCACGCGCGCUAGGACUGCGGCGUCUACAGGGCCCGCAGUCCCGAGUGUCGACAUGCUGGUCCUCGUGGAUCGACGCUCGGACCUCAUCACGCCGCUGUGCUCGGCCUUCACCUACGAGGCGCUCCUGGACGCGGUUUUCGGCAUCGACGCCGCAGCUGUGGAAGUACCGCAGCAGCUCCUGCAGCAGAAGCAGGCUGGGGGGGCGGGGGGUGGCGGUCCGGGAAACGGUGGGCCAGGAGGUGCCCGGGGUUCGGGUCCGAAGGGAUUUCCGGUCUUGCUGCCCUGUGGGCGCCGCCAGAAGGUCCCUCUAUUUUCCGACGGUCUCUUCGCGACGCUGCGCGACCUGCACCAGUCGGCGCUCGGUGCGCACCUUCACCGCGUUGCGAACGAGAUUCAGCAGACGUACAAAGAGAAGGACGAGCUGCGGUCCAUUCAGGAAAUAUCUGUCUUCAUGAACAAGUUCAAGGUGAAGCAGCAAGAGCACUCGUCGCUGUCGCUGCACGUCCGGCUCGCUUCCUUCCUCGCCUCUGUGACGAAGGACCCUGCCUUCUUCCGACGCCUCACGCUGGAGGACGAACUCCUGCAGACCGGCAGCGCCACAAGCUCCAGCAGUGCCGGCGCGACUCUCAGCGCCGCAGUCCUGACCGAGCUGGAAAACAUGGUCGACGCCUCCGCCCCCUCCGGCGGCCUCUGGUGGGCCUCGCCUGGGGCGCCGCUGGGCUCCACUGGCCCCCGGGCGCUCGAUGCCGGCGGACCCCCCGCGGGCCUUUCCCACCCCGCGAAGCCCGCAGCCGCGCCUUGCGUUGAAGACGUCUACCGUCUCCUGUGUCUGGCCUCGGUUGUCAACGGCGGCCUCAAAGGCAAGCAACUUGAAGGCCUCAGAAAGGGCUUGAUUCAGCAGCACGGCAUUCGAGAAGCCGUCCGCAUGGCCCACCUGCAAAGGGUCGGUCUCCUCCGGCAGGCGGACGGCGUAGGCGCCGGAGGCAGCACUGCGGGGGGAAAGGGCGGCAACACCCUUGGCAGCUGGAAGACCCUGAAAAAAGAAUGCAACCUGAUAGUAGAGGAGGAACAGUCUGUCCACGACAUCGCGUACGCUUGCUCAGGAUAUGCACCACUCUCAGUUCGCCUUUUGCAGUUCCUGCAUGAGCAGCCGAACGGCUGGCGCUCGAUCCCGCACAUUUUGUCUUUGCUGUGGGGCCCGGCGAUGGAGGUCCGCCAGCAGCAGCAACAGUCGCCUUCCGGGUCGCUGCAGGCUUCACAGCAGAAGCUUCUCGAGCUCCAGCAGCGCGAGCAGAGAGCGGACUUGUCUGAAGGCGAGGGCAACUCUAACGUGACAACCGUCAUGGUCAUGUACCUCGGCGGGGUCACCUACGCUGAGAUCGCUGCAAUUCGCAGACUUAACGAAAUGGAGAUCGCGAAGCACCAACAGUUUCUCGAGGACCAGCGCCUCGGUGCGGCGCCACCUGCCAAGGCGCCCCCGCGUCGACGGUACAUCAUUGUAACGACAGAGAUCAUUAAUUACAAAAAAUUGAUUGCGAGUUGUGGAGAGGAUCCAGAAGAUCCAUGUGAACGGUUCCUUUGGCAGGCGCGAGAGCCGGGGGAUGCUUGAAGGUCACAGGGGGUUUCCACGGCAGCGAGACCAGCAACUUGUAACUCAGCUUACAAACACUCUCCAAAUCAGAUGGUGGAUCGGCUACUACAGGUCACUCAACACUGCUUUGUUCACUCAGCCCUCAUCCUCUGUCGCGCGAACAGAGAAUUGCAAACUGUCA